AUGUGUGGGAUUUUUGCAUACCUAAACUUCUUGACCCCCAAAAGUCGGAAAGAAGUGGUCGAUAUCCUGAUUCAAGGCUUGAGACGAAUGGAAUACCGUGGUUAUGAUUCGGCCGGUCUAGCCAUUGAUGGAGGCAAGCCAGAUGAGUGUCAUGCCCCAGUCUCACUGUAUCGGAAGUGUGGAAAGGUCGACAAUUUACAGGAAAACAUCAAUUGUAAGUUUCUUUUAUUUUAUAGCCGUGUUUUGAGGACUUUUUACGGAAUGCCAAAUUUGGCGGGGAAAUUUAAAGUUGAAUUUUUGUGACUUUUUUUUUGAAAUGAAACUUGGGUUUUGGUUUUUUAGUAGCGUGUGAUGAAUAAAAAUGUCAAAAAAGUAAUUUUAAGGCUUUGAAACAGAAUGCCAAAUUUGGCGGGAAAAUUGAAAUUUGAAUUUUUAUGACACACAUCAUGCCAAAAUAAAGGAAAAAUGGAACUAAGGUGGCCGUGGCAUUUCGUUAACUCAAAAGUCUCAAAUAUUGAUUCAAAAAAUAAAAUAAAUAUUUAAAAUGUUGAACGAAACGUGUGAAAUUAUCAAAUAAUAGUUAAAAUAAAUCAAAUCUUGAGCUGUAACAAAUAUUAAAAAAUUCGCUAUGUUUCGGCGGUUCUUUAAAGGCCAAACUGGUCUUGAUCCGUCAAAGAAUCGUCCAGAUAUGACACUACAAGUUUACCACAAACGAAUUUCAUUUUCAAAAUUCCGACCGCUUAACUUCAAACAAUUUUUUACAAAAAAUAGAAUUUCACACUUCGCAUCGUUUUUUACACGAAAUGUCACUCUGUCUUUAUUUCCUCUUUUGGCAUGACGUGUGACAUUUUACACUUAUUUUAAAAUUGAAAAUUUAUUUUUCAAUAUUUUUAAUGACUUGUAAUUGGUAAGAAAGACAAAAAUCGUCUUUUUAAAGACUUGAAACAGAAUGCUACAUUUGGCGGGAAAAUUGAAAUUUAAAUUUUUAUGUUAUACUGUACUUGCUACGAAAUUGAAAUUACUAUUUUUUGACGUUUUUGAAUGACUUGUAGUUGAUAAGGAAAGUAAAAAUUGUCUUUUUGUGGCCUUAAAACAGAAUGCCAAAUUUGGCGGGAAAUUGAAAAUUUGAAUUUUUAUGAAAUUUUUUGCGUUUUUAGAAAUUUUGAUGAGUAGAGUAAACCUCUAAUUAUGAAAAAAAUAUAUUUUUAGCCGACAAAACGACUGACUGGAACGUGAACUAUUCUGUUCAUGUAGGUAUAGCCCAUACUCGAUGGGCCACUCACGGGUCACCCAACGACGUGAACUCGCAUCCACAACGUUCUGACAAUGAGAACGAGUUCGUGGUGGUUCAUAAUGGGAUCAUCACGAACUACAAAGAAAUCAAAGAGUAUUUGAAGAAGAAGGGAUGCGAGUUUGAAAGUGAAACUGAUACUGAAGUCAUUGCCAAAUUGAUCCAGUAUAUUCAUGACAAAUAUCCACAAUUCAACUUUAGACAACUGGUUGAGACUACUAUUCAGCAACUCGCAAGUUUUUGGAUUUUUUGGGUUUAAAAUUUGAAAAAUACAGUACAAUUUAGCCAGUAUUACAUCGUCAAGUGUUUACAGCUAUUUUGCUAUUAGUACUAUAUAGUACUAUUUAUUCAGUAUUAUAUUUUAAUACUUUGUCACAACAAUUAGUUUAUCAGUACUAUCUUUAGCACUUUCCAUAUGCAAAUUUGGUCCUUCGUACUACUAAAUAGUACUAUUUAGUUAGUACUGUACUAUACAGUACUAUUUAGUUAGUAAUAUAUUGUUGUAGCACGUUUUCACAACUAUUAGUUUAUUAGUACUAUAUAGUACUUUCCAUAUGCAAAGCUGCUCUUUCAUCUAAUAGGUAUUACUAUAUAGCUCUAUUUAGUUAGUACUGUACUACAUAGUACUAGAUAACCAAUAAUAUAUUGCAGUAGCCCGCGCUUACAACUUACUAAUUCUUGAGUACUAUAUAGCACUAUUAAUAUGCAAUGUGUACUUUAUUAGCGCUAAUUAGUACUCUUUAGUAUUACGGUGUUCUUACCGUAUUGUUUAAUACUGUAGAAUACUGUAAUUUUCAGGAAGGUGCGUUUGCUUUGGCCUUCAAAAGCCGCCGCUUUCCCGGCCAACUUGUGGCCACUCGUCGUGGUUCGCCAUUGGUGAUUGGUAUCAAGAGUGAUGCCAGAUUGAGCUCUGAUCAUUUCCCAGUCUACUUCAGUAAAGGUAUGUCAUAUUUUGCACACAAGAGGGCCGUAUCUCAUAAGUUUUGUCAUUUUUUCACUUUUUUCAUUUUUUGAGCCAAAAAAGCUUGAUAUUAUAGUAGAUUUGCCGUGUUAUUGAAGUUGUUUGGUGUUGUAGUGUAACGUAGUGUUGUGUUUUAGACGCGGGAUGGAUUUGGCAAGAUGAUAAGAAGGUGCGACAGUCGUCAGGCAAAGAUAACGGUGAUAAUUUUAGUUUUUUCUUGGUUUUACCAUGGUUUUUACGGUGGCAUUUGAAGGUUUACAUGGUUGAAAAUGUGUUACUGUGUGUUUAUUUUGGUUGCAGUGGUGAAAACAUUUGUGUUAAAAGGUGUAAAAUUUAAUUUUUUAAAUAAUUUAUGUUGUUUUAGGUGCUCGGGUUAAGAGUGAAGACAUCUUCGAUCACUUGGACAGCAGUGCUCCUAGGAUUGGUAAGUACCUUUCUGUUUUCUUCGAUUGGUCUACCCUACCCAACACAACUUUAAUCUAUCCUACCUUACCCUACCGUACUAUAAUGUACUGUAGUCUACUGUACUGUACCCUGCUGUAUUGUUCUAUACUUUACUGUAUUGUAUUGUGCCCUACCCAACUGUACCGUACCCUACCUUACUGUGCUCUACGGUAUCCUACUCUACUGUACUAUACUUUACCCUACUGUACUGCACUAUAAUGUACUUUACGUUACUGUAAUCUUCCUUAUCCUACUGUACUGUAUUAUAAAGCGCAGUACUGUACUGUCCUAUACGUUACUGUACAGUAAUGUACCCUGCCUUACGCUACUGUACUGUUCUAUACAUUACAGUACUCGACUGUACUGUAUUGUGCCCUACCCUACCUUACCUUACUGUACUGUUCUAUACUUUACAGCACUCGAAUGUACUGUAUUGUGCCCUACCCUACCUUACCCUACUGUACUAUACUGUACUCCAUGCUACGGUACUGUAUUAUAUUGCACUGUACUCUACCGUACCAAAUUAUUCUAUCCUACUCUAAUCUACCCUAUACUUCAUACUCUGGCUUACUCUACCCUACCUUUCCCUUCUCUACCUUAUCUCUACAAUUAUCCUACUCUAACGUUUUCUCUGCCUUAUUUACCAUAUUGUAUGCUAACAUACCGUAUUUUACUUUUAAUGUACCUUACCUCUCUUAUUCCCCCCAAAAACAUACAGUAUCCCCUCUUUCCAGACGAGACCAAAGACCGUUCGAUUCGACCGCUGGACUCAAAGCAUUGGGAAGCGGAGUACUUCCUCGCCUCAGACGCUAGUGCCAUUAUAGAACACACGAAAAAGGUCAUCUUCCUCGAAGAUGACGAUGUAGCGUUCGUUGAGAAUGGCUCACUGACAAUUCACAGAAUCAAACGAGACAACUCAAAUCCAUCGGCUCAGACCAGAGAGGUACAACAACUUAAUAUGGAGUUGAAUGAGAUCAUGAGAGGCGACUUCAAGACAUUCAUGCAGAAAGAGAUCUUCGAACAACCAGAGAGUGUGGUGAAUACGAUGAGAGGACGAGUUCUGCCUGAUGGGCGUGUGCUGCUGGGUGGGAUUCAGGUAGGGGUGGUUUUGAAAAUCAUUCAAGUGCGGGGGUGGUUUUCAAUAAUCAUUCAGGUAGGGGUGGUUUUGAAAAUUAGUAUAACGAAGAUAGGGUGGUUUUCAAAAAUUUCUGAGCCAUGGCUCAUUACUUUAUGAACAACCUUAUAGUUUAACGGUGUGGUAAAUAGUACCGAUUGAACCAAAAGUAGCGGGACACUUUUCAUUUAUUUUUCAAAUAAAAAGUAUCCCGCUACUUUUGUUUCAACCGGUACUAUUUACCACUAAUGUAUUCCACGUUACAUUUCAGGACUUCAUUCCCGACAUCAAACGUUGUCGCCGUCUCAUCUUAAUAGCCUGUGGCACCUCCUACAACUCCGCCAUCGCUUGUCGCCAACUCAUGGAGGAACUAACCGAACUUCCAGUCGUACUCGAGCUAGCCUCCGACUUCCUCGACCGUGAGACUCCAAUCUUCCGUGACGACGUCUGCUUCUUCAUAUCUCAAAGUGGCGAAACUGCUGAUACGUUGAAUGCCCUCCGAUACUGUAAACCGCGUGGUGCUCUACUAAUCGGCAUUACGAAUACUGUGGGAUCGUCGAUUUGUCGCGAAACUCAUUGUGGUAUUCAUAUCAAUGCUGGACCUGAGAUUGGGGUGGCCUCGACCAAAGCCUACACUUCACAAAUAUUAGCAUUGGUAAUGUUCGCAUUAUCCAUCAGUGAUGACAGGAUUUCUAUGCAGAAGCGACGAGAGGAGAUCAUUUAUGCUCUUCAGACUAUGCCUGGUAAGUUGAAGAUUUUCACAAUGUGAUGUUAUGGAUAGAAAGUUAUAUUAGAGCUUAGAAAGUACAAUUGAAAGUAGAUUUAGACAAUUUAGACUUUAGCUUAAAAAGUACCAUUGAAUGUAGGAUCAGUCAGGCUUUAGGUUAGCGCCUCACAAUAAAAUAUUAGAUGUUAUCCAUGAUGUUUUGGCCAUAACUCAAUAUUUGCAAGGUCUAUAAACCUAAAACAACUUGAGAAACGUUCACAGAACACAACUCUAUCUAAUAAAUACAAAAAAACUAAAAACAAUGGAAAAUCCUGCAUUUUCAUAAAAAUUACCGCAACAUCCAUCUAAAAUCAUAUAACCCUGCUUUUUCUUUAAUUUUCUCCAAAUUCCUUCAACUGCUAAUACAUCCUAAAAUCAAAAACACUCAAGAAAAAACACAUAUUUUCAAUCCAAAAUCUUCCAUAAGAGUUCGUGAGCUUCAGAAGGCGAUUUUAUUUUGAGAACGUCGGGUCAUGAGGUGAGCACCUUGAUUUCUGGACGAAAAUGAAGCUGGAAAUCAAGUUUACAGCCUAAAAAAGAUUAAUGAAAUAUAAAAGAAUAUAUUUUUAAUGUUUUUAACAACAAUUGAAGACAAAUGACGUUAGAAUCAUAGGAAAAAGGCUGGAUUCAGCGAAGAAGUUCAAGAAUUUUCGGGUUUUUGGCCAAGAGAAAGACUUGACCAAUGAUAAAAAGGGAUAGUUGGCUCGAAAACAGCUCUAAAACAAUAAAUUAUGAUACCUUCUUUUCUAAAACUUCUCACAUUACGAUAAGCUUAAGCUCGUUGAGGUUAAUUUAUCAAACCAUCUAAGUAAUACCUAUUUUUUGCUUAUUCUAUCUCUCUAAUACAAAGCCUUUUCCAGACUACAUCAAGAAGAUCCUGACCCUAGAUGCCCACAUUCGAUCGGUCGCGGAGAAGAUCUACAAGGAGAAGUCGGUAUUGGUGAUGGGACGCGGCUACAACUUUGCCACGUGUCUUGAAGGAGCGUUGAAGAUCAAGGAGUUGAGCUACAUGCAUUGCGAGGGAAUCAUGUCGGGCGAACUAAAACACGGCCCGCUGGCCAUGGUGGACGAGAAUCUGUGCAUUAUCAUGGUGAUUUGCAAGGACAAGGUUUAUAAGGUACAUUUUGAAAUGUUGAGUGAAAGAUUUGUAACGAAUUUGGUUUUGGCAUGGCUUUUUUAUAUUAUACGUGAUAUCUGAUGUUAUUCAUGACGAUUUUUAUUAUUCAAAUGUAAUUAUUCCAUCAAAACUGCUUGAAAUAAUUAAAAUAAGAUAGAAUAGACCUUUUACUAUCUAAAUUAUUAAAUUUCAGAAGUCAAUCAACGCAUUCCAACAAGUACUAGCCCGUGGCGGUAGCCCCAUCAUCAUUGCUGACGACAAAGUACCAUUGGAUGACCUUACUGGUGCCAAAGAAGUGAUUGUAGUACCAAAGAUUGUAGAUUGUGUUCAAAACAUUUUGACUGUGAUUCCGUUACAGCUGCUGAGUUAUCAUGUAGCCGAGAUGAACGGCCUGAACGUGGAUCGGCCGAGGAAUCUGGCCAAGUCAGUUACCGUGGAGUAA